UUUGCUGCCAUCGCUGCUGCUACUGCUGUUUGCAUUACAAUCUACACGUUUUGUGUGCUCUUCCGACAGUCUCAUUUGAUGUCGUAGCGGCCGGCUCGGGUCUAGGUUGGAUCAGGUCGGCGAAGGGGGUCUGACCGAGACGUUCGUGCCCGACACGUGCGAGUGCAUCCAGGGAGAGGGGGGAAGGGGGUGGGAAGAGCCGGGGAAGGAGGAGAGACCCGCCGGGCAAAGGGACGCGCACAACGCGCACGUGUUGAGCCCUGCGAGACAGCCGCCAUUCGCCACUUGCCGGCGACGUGGCCGCACAGCACUCGUGCCAGGCUAGGUGCACUUUGAGACACACACACAGAGACACACACAGACAUGUCCCUGUCGGCGGUCCGUGGAGCGCGGCUGCUGCUGCUGGGCGGCCUGAAGGUCUCGGCGUGCCGGGGUCACCCCCGCGUCGUGGGGGUCUCGCCGGGCCCCAGGGCGGCGGCGCGGGGUCUCCACUCCACCGGCUUCGUGGCCGCAGCCCGCAAAUACUCAGAUAAGCACGAGUGGAUCCUGGUGGAAGGUGGAGUGGGCACCGUGGGCAUCAGCAACUAUGCCCAGGAGGCACUGGGUGAUGUGGUGUACUGCGGAUUGCCCGAAGUAGGCACCAAGUUAGCUCAGUUGGAGGAGUUUGGUUCGCUGGAGAGCGUGAAGGCGGCUAGCGAGCUCUACUCGCCCAUAACGGGCUGCGUGACCGAGGUGAAUGCCGCCCUUGCUGAGAAUCCUGGCCUCGUAAACAAGUCCUGCUACGAUGACGGGUGGCUGAUCAAGUUGAAGGUGGAGCAGCCUGCCGAGCUGGAUGGCCUCAUGGAUGAGAAGGGCUAUGAGGCCUUCCUCAAAUCCAUGGAGGAGUGAUGGGGGAGCCCUCACUUAGCCGCACACCCAGCUCCCAUUCCCGUCCACCCAUACCGCAGCCCUCCCAGGUCAAAUAGGGAAACCUUGAUGAAGUUGCCCCCACGGGUAAAAUCCCUGGGGUGGAUCGAAAUGUGGUGUGGAAAAGGAAUUAAAUUAAAUGAUGCUGUGCCUUCUUUAUAGAGCUAUAUUUUGGUUUGGAAAUAAGUUGUGUUUUAGACGAGAGUCUCUUAGGGAAAGCUUUGGGAAUUUGAGGCGGCGAUGUUGUAGGCGAAGAGGUUGAUCCGGGAGGGCGGCGCUUCCACAUAGCCGAUUAUGCCGGGUGGUGCUCACGAAAGUUGUGAGGUUCCCUCCACCCCACCCUGCACAUUGUAGACAUGCAUAUGGAGCUACCAUGACACUAACAAGCUAUACACUAGCACAUCGACUGUAGCUAAAAGUGCUUUAACUCGUAAAUGUAGCAUGCGAGCCAUCAGCCGGUCAGCAGCCACGUCCCGAGUGAUAGCGUGCUUUCGCCUAGGCACUCGGGGCUGCUACAGCUGCCCCGUGCAUUGAUCGGAGCACUUGUUGACCCCCGUGUGCUUUUCCGCAUGUGUCAUGGUUUGUGUUCUAGCAUUACCGUUAGUGGCAUGAUUCGCGCGAUGGUCGUGAUGGAUGUAAAAUGAUCAGCCGCUCAAGUCUCGGCCACCUUGACCCAGUAGGUCCAAAUCGUAAUUCAUGCAACUGAUGUUUACUUACGUUGACCUGUCAUAAAUCCAAUCCUCAGUUACUAUUGCACAAAAGAUAAACCCAGUCCUAUCGCCUAAACAAUCGACAUUGACCCUUCAGGCGACGCUUAACCUUAAAUCUGGCAGUAAAUGCAAAACUGAACUUUUAAAUGUUCAAUUUUGCCAGUAGACAAUCUUAAACAUGACACUAAUGUCUAACCCAACCUCAAUGCUAACUUUUAAUCCCGAGCCUAAACCAAUACACAGCCUAAGCCGCUCAUGGUUAAACACAGCCUUAAGCUCAAUGAGCACGACCAUAGUUAUACAAUUUUCACUGCCUUUUGCCCUAUGCCACGAGGGUCAAGGUAUUUUAUGAGCUCCACACAGCAUGAGCAUAAUGCCCUCAGCCACGUGGCGUGAACUCCAUUUUCUGAGGGCUGCUGGGGUCAAAAACCUACCUGGUGCAUGCCUCCCGAAUGCCCUAAUUACCCCAUGCCCCAUACUGCUUGUGCAUUGGCCCAUACUCUGUGAAAUGUCACUAAUGUGCACUGUCAGUUAUUGAGUGAAUUGGACAUCACUGUUAACUCGGUGUUUUUAUCCGAGUGAUAAAAAAAAACUUGCGUUGAGCAGCUUUGGUGAACAGUGUGGUACCUGCAAAUGCGAGUGUUUGUGACUGAGCCGUGGUUUCAAUGCUUGGGAGCACCGGGACAGAGACACGGUAACCCUGUGAGAUUGCCUCUUUUUCCAUGAGAACUUUCCACAGGACCUGCCAUGAUGACUGCAUCACCUGGGCCCAUGAAUAAUAGGGGGCAAGGGGAGCAGCUGUACGUAAAUUUGGACAGGGAGGGGCAGGCCAGUUAUGCUGUACCCCCUUGAUAGCUGUAUUUCCCCCCCCCCCCCCCCCGUUAGCUACCCAAUAUAGCCCCCUCCCAUAGGCCCAUGUGGCAGUAACCCACAUUUUACAUUAACACUGGGCAGACUCUUGCCCAUAUCUUCCGUUUCAGUUUGCUGACCUUUUGAGAAAAAUGGUACUAAUAUGCGUUUCGGGAGGAUUUAGUGAUGAGUUUAAAAUAACUAAUAAAACGAGACGAACACGC